AUGGCAUACACCGACAAAAGUGAUCACCAGUCACUACUGGAGAGCAGUGAGCAGGACGCCGACUACGUGAGAAGAAAGCCAGCACCAAUCUGCAAGCCGGCAUGCGCCUUCUAUCUUCAUAUCCUCCUCUGGCUGGUCGCGAUCGUCACGGGUUACUAUUGGACACAGAACCAAGUAGAGCGAGCGAAGCGACUGUGCGGCCAAAUCAUCUACUCUCCUGUUCAAAAUGAGAUCGAAUACGAAGUUCGUGUCUUCUCUCAAGCCUUCAAGCCCGAGGUUACUGAGUAUUGGGGCCCGCCGACUGAGAAGAGCAAUAAAUUGUGGGAGGAUCUGCUGAACAUCGGAGGAGGAGUGACACUUACCAGAGAAGAAGCAUCGCAUCUUGCGAAUCAAACAUCGCGACUCGACCCGUACUACCCAGGAAAGUACUACGCUCAGAUCGGCGUGAUACAUCAACUUCACUGCCUAUACAACCUCCGGCUGGCAUUAUUCUCGAAUCGAUCGAUGUACGAUGGCACACGUCGAAAGGGUCUGCUCGACGACGACCACAUGUAUCAUUGCAUUGAGAACCUUCGAGAAGCACUGAUGUGUCACGGUGACAUCUCAUAUGUUGUGAUGCAGUGGCACGAGGGACGACAACGCAAUGUUCUCCACGGCAGUACACCUCACAGCUGUCGCAACUUUGAGAAAAUCGUCGAGUGGAUUAAACCUCGUGCUGUUCAUAAGUUCAACUGGGCCGAGUAUCAUAUGGACCCGACAUUGGUUGUGGAUGGGCCAAAGAUCCAGAUAUGA